AAUCCAUGAUUUGUAUGCAGAAAAUGAAUACUUAAUCUCUUUGAACAUCAGUGUAUGCUUUGAACAGAACAGCUGCCAACUGGUUUAUGAUAUCUUUAACAAUGUUAGGCUGCCGCGACCUACUUGUGAUUGGAAUAAACAAUUUCAGAUUUCUGACUUCUCUAUAUCUGAAUACAAGAAGAUGCUGAAUGUUACAGUUAUGGCUGACCACCACGUGACAGAGUUACUGGAGAAAUUGGGUAUUGCUGAAUUCAUGAAUCCAGUACCUUGUGACAGAAACUCAGCUAGGUUCAACUCCUCAAUGGAAUGGGUGAAUGAUUGUACAGAAACAAUUUCUGCCUUGAGAAAGCUAGACAACACCACCACGUGUCACCUCCUGUCUUCCUGUACUGGUAUAGAAUGCUGUUCUACCUCUGAAAGUCUUGGACUGACAUUAAACUCCUAUGUGUACUUGGACCCAUGUAACUAUAGAUUAUCUAUUGGGAUAGAACAGAUACAACUGAACUAUUCACUGGUGGAUUAUAACUGGGGAGAGUGGAUACAUUACUCUCUAUAUGAUGUCUAUAAUCUCAAUUUUGUAGCUGAAGAUCUGAUUGGAGAUGAACAGUAUGUUAUCAGUUUAAACAUAUCUAUAUGUCUGGAAUCAUCAGGGCCAUGUGAGGUGGCACUGGUCAUCUUUGAAAAUGACCGACUGUCUAAACCUACAUGUGACUGGAAUACAGACUUUAUAAUACCAGGAUUUUCUCUGAACACCUACCUACUUGGUAAAGGUUUGGAUCCUGAUACAACCACACAGUUAUCAAUCCACCUGGCUUCCCAACUCCUCCAUGACAUAGGUGUGGCUCCUGCACUACUGGAUACACAAUGUGAUAGAGAGAGUCUGCCGUACCAUCCCUCUUCUGAUGAGAUUGGUUGGAAUAAAGGUUGUACACAACAGGUGACAUUACCAAACCUGCCUAAUGAAACAAACUGUCACUUUUAUGACAGCUGUACUGGUUUAUCGUGUUGUACAGACAUUGACCUGAUCCAACAUUCUAUCACAUGGGUACUCAGGAUUGAGACAUGUCAAUACCAGAUGUUUGUUGGAAUCGAGAAGAUUGAGAUCGGCAUUAGUUUGCAGGACUACAACUUUGGUCAGAAGGACUAUUUUAAAUUACAUGGAGCGUUUGGUAUAGAAUACAUGGUAGAAGAUCUGGCCCAGACAUACAGAGUGAACAUCAACCUGACAGUUUGUAUGGAGUCCAGUCAGCCUUGUGGUAUUAUUGUUCCUGUCCUCACUGAUACAGUUCUACCCAAGCCUGUGUGUAAUUGGAAAACAGGGUUUAUAGAUCCAGACUUUUCCUACAGUGCUUUCCUGACAGAGAAUGAUAUAGGAGUGAAUGAUACCCUGGAUGCCACACAGUUGUCUAUCUUGUUACAUACACUAGGACUGACAGAUUUCCUCCUUAACCCACAGUGUAACAGGAGUGGUGCACCAUACGCUGGAGCUGUCAAUGGUUGGACAAACAAUUGUACUUCUGCCAUGGAUCCUCUUCCAUCCAUUGUUGGAGAGGCCAACUGCCACAUAGCUAGUCAUUGCACUGCAGUUUAUUGCUGUGUGUAUAACCCCAGGAUGGCAAGGUCAUUUGAAACAAGAGUGAACUUUGAACCAUGUCUAUUUAAGCUGACUGUUAGCAUUGAAGAAUUGACCUUUGACAUCUUAUUGUCAGAUUACGUAUGGACAGAACCCACUGAUGUGUGGUUAUUUGGAUUUGUAAGAAUGGAAUUCACCGCUGUAGACUUGGUAGUAGAAGGUGACUACAUGUUAGACUUGGUUUUACGUGUCUGUAUGGAGGCUGAUGCGGACACAACCGUGCUGUGUUUUAUCAAUAUCAAUAUCCUGACCAAAUAUAGAUUACCUAAGGAACAAUGUGACUGGGAUUUUAACUUCUUUGUCAGUGGUUUUUCACUCAACAGCUGGUUAGGCAACAAUAACUACACAAGAACAGAACCAUUACCUUUGACAGUAUCUGCUAAACUGCUGUCUCACUUAAAUGUUCAGUCGUAUUUAAAUCACCCGACCUGUCAGCAGGGAGGAAGUCUAUAUACUACAGCGGGUACUAGAUGGAAUAAUGUUUGUGGUAAAGAGAUAGAUCUUCCAAUGUUGUCAGAAGAUAUUGUCUGUAGAGUGAAUGAUUCUUGUACAACUAUCGACUGCUGUGUUAAUGUGCCUCUACUGAAUCAGACCUUCAACUUUUACCUUGACAUUGACCCAUGUUAUCAGGAGGUCACCGUGGGGAUAGAAAAGAUGUUAACAACACAAAAGCUACUGGACGGCUACACAUUUGGAUCUUUCCAUAAUUUUACCUUACUUGGUGUUGGUAGGAUGGAGUACAGCAUAGAAGAUUUUCCAGGUGAAGGUGUUUAUGUGAUAAACCUGAAAAUUAAGGUCUGUUUUGAGACUGUAGGACCCUGUGAAAUAGACGAAGUCAUAUUGGACGAUUUAACAUUUCCUAAGAAGACAUGUACCUGGGAUGAAACUUAUAAUAUUCAAGAUUUUGCACUGAACCAAUGGUUACGAGUAAGAUCUGAGUCAACAGAUGACAUACUACCAGUAUAUUACAUAGCAGAGAUUCUACAACAGCUAGAUCUGACCAGUUACCUACAAGAAACACCAUGUAGCAGGGACAAUGUACCAUAUGUUAAUGCUACAAAUGGAUGGAAUAGUGCUUGUGCAGAUAAUAUCACAUUACAUUCACUGUGGUCUGACUCUCCACCGUACCCUCUGACUUGUUCCUUCAACAGUGAAUGUUCUGGUGUGUCGUGUUGCAUUGAAUCCAUGUUCAUCAACAGAUCAUUUUAUACAAACCUUGAACUGGACCCAUGUGAACAGAAGCUUCAUAUAGGGAUAGAGAAGUUACAGUUCACUGUAUCCCUGCUGGACUUUGUCUUUGAUAAGGAUCAAGAAUUUAGCUUGAAGAAAACUAUCAGAAUCUUGUACAACAUUUAUGAUUUAAAGAGUGAGAAUGAAUAUUUGAUAACCUUGAAAAUGGCUGUCUGCUGGGAAACGUACUUACCAUGUGACUGGACUGCUACCCUGUUUGAAAAUACCAGGUUACCGAAGAAGUCAUGCAGUCAGAGAAUGGACUAUGUUACUCCAGAUUUUUCAUUGACUGAUUGGGCAGCAGAUAAUGGAGUAGAUGUAAACAACAUGAUAGACCUUGAUGUACACAAGUUUUAUGACGCAGCAGAUAUUGGAUGGUUCUUACAGUUCCCGUCAUGUCAUCGUGGGAAUACACCAUUUGGUCCAUCUAUCAGUGGCUGGAAUAAUACAUGUCCGGGUAUCAUAACUGACCUGAGUGAUCUCCCUUCAACAACUUCCUGUUACAUCUCCACUGCCUGUACUGAUGUGAGAUGCUGUGUUGAGAUUCCAACGCUGAACAAUUUUACUGUUGACUUUACGGUGUCUCUGGAUGACUGUCAAAAAACACUGACUGUAACCAUAGAGAAAUGGACACAUUCUCAGAUGCUCCAUAAUUAUACUUGGGGAACAGAAGAGUACUUCUGGGUUAGAGGUGUAUACAGGAUUAGAUUCCGAGUUUACAACUUGAAUGAUCAGGCCUUAUUCAGACUGUAUAUAUCCUUUGAAGCCUGUUUUGAAGCAGGAGAGCCUUGUACAUCAACAAUAGACAUUAUGAACAGCAUAGAACUUCCCAAACAGGAAUGUACAUGGAGUACAGGCUAUAGAAUUUCAGACUGUCCACUCUAUGUGCUAGGUGACCUAGUUUUCCUGCUUGAUGAAUCUAUCAGUGUUGGUUCAUCACAUUUUAACAAGUCCUUAGAGGCCAUAGCUUCAGCUGUCAACAACCUGGCCAUUGGUGCUAAUUUAACAAGAGUUGGCUUUGUGGUGUUUGGUGGUAAUCAGACAACUAAUAGAACUAUAUUUGACAUGAAUUAUGACAAGGCAGCCAUCUUGAAUGGCAUCUUGAACACAAAACAUGACCCAGGAAUUGCCAACACAGUUGGUGUACUCAAAUAUGUCUGUGAUAAUAAAUUCAUGGAAAGUGUUGGUGGACGAACAGCUGUUCAAAAUUACCUGGUUGUGCUUUCGGAUGGAAGGUCAGCAAAUCACGAAGAUAUCAAAAUUCAAUCUGACCUCUGCAGUACAGCAGGAAUAAGAAUAAUUGGGGUACCAAUAGGAGAUGCUGCAAAUGAUGCUUUAUUAAAAGCCAUUUCUUAUUUUGAUCCAAGUUAUUAUGUGAAGACAGUAUAUAGUGAUCUAGGACCAACAAUAGCAGCACUAGUAAAUUCAUCGGUCGACUGCAGCUCAGGAUUUUUCCUGAAGUCAUGGAAAACUGGUCAUGGCCUGGCAGAUAAUGCUGUACUCAAUGAAUGGCAGAUAUCUAGUCUGAUGCAGGAAAACAGAAUUACAGAAUAUGUUGUUGCAGACCAGUGUAGUUUGACGACAGGGAUGUUUAGUGGAGCUACAGAGGGUUGGGUUAAUGAAUGCAGCCUUGGUGUUACGACAUUGCUGAUACAGAGUAACCAGCUAAUCUGUCAUGUUAGCGACAGAUGUACGAAUAUAGAUUGCUGUUUGUAUGACACAGAAACAUUCAGACAUUAUAAUUUGUUCCUACAUCUUAACCCCUGUAACUACCGACUACAGAUUGGGGUGGAACUUUACAGUUUUGAUGUGUCACUGCUGGACUUUGAUUUUGAAAAGAGCUAUGAAGUUGACCUAUCGGGUAUAUUCAGAAUUUUGUUUGAUGUAGAGGAUUUAGUGUAUGAAGAGAGCUAUGUUGUUAACAUGGAAGUACAUAUCUGUUGGGACAUCACUAAUCCAUGUAACUUAGAAGUCACUGUGUUGAAGAAUGUCAUCCUGCACAAACAGCCAUGUAAUCUCACUACUCAUUUUGCUGUAGAUGACUUUUCCCUGACCAACUGGUUUACAGAGACUGGUUACACUCCAUCUGUAUCCCUGUCUGGAGAUGCUCAACAGGACUUAAUGGAGGCAUUAGACAUAUUUAAUUUCCUAAACUCUCCAUACCAAUGUCAGAUGUCUGGUGGAUGGAAUGAUACCUGUCCUGAGUCUGCUGAAAAUUUACCUGUACUUCCAAAUUCAAUCAACUGCACAAUAACAGAAGGCUGCACAACUGUGGAAUGCUGUGUGGAAUCUGUCCGACUGCAGAGAUAUUUCCACACUGUUUUGACCAUUGACCCCUGCCACUAUAACAUGACAGUUGGAAUAGACAGAUACAUGUUCAAUGUCCAUAUUCAGGAUAAACCUUGGGAAACUAUCUGGAAUGUAUGGCUUAAUGGAAUCGUUAGACUGGAUUUGAAUGUAUAUGAUGUGUACAAUGAGAGACAGUUCCUGAUCAACAUGAAUGUUAGUAUUUGCUUUGAAGAUGGAGGUCCUUGUGACCUUGAAAGUAUCCCUGUCCUAGAAAACUCAUUACUGAACAAAGGGCAUUGUAACUUCAACACUCAGUUUCCUGCAAAAGAUUUCAGCAUAUCUUUGUUUGCCGAUGACAAAGGAUUAACUCAUGUUUCACCAUACCCUGAUUAUUUUGUGGCUCAAGUCCUCAACACUCUGAUGGUUUCACCAUUUAUGAGUGAGUCGUCAUGUGACAGGGAUGCCUCACCAUGGACUCCACCGGGACAUGAUGGUUGGAAGAGAGAAUGUGCUGCAGUAGAAAAUUACUAUAACCUUUAUGAUACUGGUUCCAUUGACCUACUUAGAGGAGGAACUUGUAAUGGUACCAGUUGUAACAUCACAGAAACAGUCACCUCUUCGACAACAGAGACCAACUGUAUUUCUAUAAGCGACUGUACAGGGUUUAGAUGUUGUGUUGAGGCCACACGUCUGACAAGGUCUUUUGUCUUUGGUAUAUAUAUUGAUGCCUGUAAUUUCACCUUGACCUUGGUGAUUGAAGAACUUGAAUAUGUUAUAUAUCUGGUGGAUUUGAGUUUUGGAACCAAGAACCAGUUCUACUUGAAUGGAGCUUUUAGAAUUGAUUACAUCAUUGAAGAUCUGGCCAGUAAAGAAAUGUAUGCAAUUACUGCAAAUCUAAGCCUGUGUUUUGAAACUACGAAUUGUACUGUUGAGAGGACAGUAGCAGACGGCACAAUGUUCCCUAAAGGUGUAUGUGACCUUACCAAAGAUUAUAAUAUUCCAGACUUUUCACUGAUAGCUUGGGCAGCAGAGAAUGAACUUCCAUUGCCGUUACUUAACUAUGGUAUAGUACAAUUAUUGAAGGAGACCAACAUGGCUACUUACAUGAAAGAUGUCCAGUGUGAUAGGUCAGGAUUUACAAGUACUAAUGGGUGGAUCAAUGAUUGUACCCUGACAACUUCAAACAUACCAGUUCUGGAUUCCAAUACAAGCUGUCGUCUGCUGUCACAGUGUACCAGUGCCACCUGUUGUCUAACUGUAGGAACUAUAAAUAGAACUGUUAGUAUUGACCUUGAACUUGACCCCUGUGACCAGUCAAUGUCUAUCAGGAUUGAGAAUUAUGUCCACAACACCAGUUUGUAUGGUUUUGGAUUUGGUAUUUUACAGAAAUUUUAUUUGGAGAACAUCUUGAGAGUAGAGUAUGUUGUGUAUGACCUAGAAAGUGACCACCAGUAUCUUGUUGAUAUGAAUGUUAGUGUCUGUUUUGAGUCAGCAGGACCAUGUGAACUUAACAGUUCUAUGUUUCAUAAAACUUUCCUUCCCAAGAAGCCUUGCAAAUGGCAGACAGGCUUUUUUCAAACAGAUUUCUCUUUGGCUGCAUGGAGAAUAGAGAAUGAUAUAGGACCAACAGCCUUACUAUAUCCUGUAGAUAUUGCCAGACUGAUCAAAGAAUUAGGGCUAGGAGACUAUCUUAUAGACUCUCCAUGUUCUAGACUGAACGGGUCAUAUGUACCACAUUCUAGCAGAUGGAAUGAUGGAUGUGGAAAUGUUGUCAACAAGCCAGUCCUACCUAACAACACCCAUUGUUAUAUCCCAGCAUCUUGUACCUCAUUUAGAUGUUGUCAGGACAUAGAUUUACUCAGUUCUACAUUCGAAAGCUCUAUUGAACUUGAUCCAUGUAAUUUUCUGCUUAAGAUUAGAAUUGAGAAGUUGACGUUUGAUGUGACUUUCUUUGAUUUUGCUUGGGGAACAAACCAAUAUUUUGAUCUUUAUGGAGUUCUGUUGAUGUCAUUCAACAUUGAGAACCUAUAUGAAGAUAGAAAGUAUCUUGUGAAUGUGAACUUGACCUUGACCUUUGAAGCAGGUGGACCAGAGACAUCACAUCAUGUGAUCUUCAAAAAUACAUUGUUUCCAAAACAGAGCUGUGAUUGGAGCUCAGAGUUCCAUAUUUCAAAUUUCUCAUAUGAUAAAUGGGCCAUAGACAGGGGACAUGAUCCAGCCGAGUCUCUGCCAUCAGACCUUCUGGCUAAGUUAUUAGAGGAGACAAAUUUACAGGGAUAUCUGAAGGAGCCACAGUGUGAAUUGUCUAGUGACUGGACUAAAGAUUGUGCCAUGAAUAUUACCCUACCACCAUUGUCAUCUGACGUCAGUUGUCAUGUGACCAGUCUGUGUACAGGGAUACAGUGCUGUGUAGAUAAUGAGCUGCUGAACCGAACCUUAGAUUUCAGUAUUCUACUGGAUCCCUGUGAAAACCAACUCAGUAUCAGUAUAGAACAGACACGUUAUAACACAACAUUAAAUAAUAUCGAAUGGGGUGUAAACCAGUAUUUUAAUUUACAAGGGAUGAUACGGUUUGAAUACAACAUAGAUGACUUGUACUCUGAGAGAUUUUUCUUGAUAAAUGCCAGAGUCCUGUUCUGUUAUGAAGCGUCUCAGGCUUGUAGUGUUGCCUAUACUGUACUUAACAAUACCAUGCUACCAAAAGUAACUUGUAGCUGGAAUGAAGGAUUUCUUCAGCCUGGGUUUUCAUUGUCAAACUGGUAUUCAGAGCAUGACCAGACAACAGGAGACAAGUUAGAUGAUUGGGCCAUAUCCGUUUUUCUGGAUGACCUUGGGUUAUCUCCCUUCUUAGAAACUUCACCCUGCAAUGUUGAUCCUAGUUUUGUUUACGUAAACAAUGACAGUUGGGCCAAUGAAUGCAUAAAGAGCCUGAACCUACCUAGUAUCACCACGACAACAGACCGUACAAGAUGUCUGAUGAGAACUUCCUGUACUGCAGUUGACUGUUGUACAGAUGUAGACUUUAUACCAAAGUCCUUCAAGACUUACCUUCAUAUAGAUCCUUGUAGACAGGAACUUGUCAUAGGGAUAGAGAAAUACAUGAGAAAUAUAUCCCUGUCUACUUACAAAUUUGGAACUAUGGCACAGUUUACAUUAAAUGGGUUCAUAGUAAUGGAUUAUUUUAUAGAAGAACUAGCUGGUUCACUUACAUACUUAGUAACAUUGAACAUAAGUUUCUGUUACAAUGAUGGCCAACCUUGUAACAUUAUAGCCUCAGUAUUGGAGAACUCUCUGUUGCCUAGAGGUUUAUGUGCAUGGAACACUGAUUACCUUAUUCCAGGCUUUUCACUAAACACCUGGCUGACAGAAAAUUUCCCAACAGUUGGACAACCAUUACCAGAAUAUGCUGUUGAACUACUGUUUGAACAACUUGGAAUCUCACAGUAUCGCCCUUCUACACAGUGCAGUGAGACAGCUUUGUACAUGUCUAUACCGACUGGAGGAUGGCAAAAUGAUUGUCCAUUGAGCACCAAUAUCCAAAAUCUAGAUCCCAGCUACACAGGUAUUACCUGUCAUGUGACUAGUUUGUGUACAGGUGUUGAGUGCUGUGUGACCUCUACAGAAUUAGAUAGGUCAUUCAAUACCAAGGUUGAACUGAACCCUUGUGACUAUAUCCUUACUAUCGGCAUAGAUGACUUUGUGUAUAGUGUAUCACUGGAAGAAUUUAGAAUGGGUGAACAGCAGCAAUUUUCUUUAGGAGGUGUUGUUAACAUUGUGUUUUUGGUGUAUGAUUUAGCAGCAUCUAACUACUACCUGAUGUCAUUGAACAUUACAAUCUGUACAGAAAGUAUGGCACCUUGUGAGCAGACGUACAUUGUGCUGGAUAAUGUCCUGCUGCCAAAACUACAAUGUUCAUGGAAUGCCACAUUUAUCAAUCCAACAUUUUCUCUUACUAACUGGAUGAUAAAGAAUGAUGUGACAGCACCAUUACCAGACUACGCUAUAUCCAUCUUGCUAGAUGAUCUUGCAGUGUCUCCCUACCUUUUAUCUACAUCCUGUGACAGAGGGAGAAGUCCUUAUAAUAAGGAAGUGACAGAUGGAUGGAGAAAUGUUUGCCAUCAGGAUCUGAAUGUGACCUUGACACCUAUAGCUGAAGAUGACCAUGUGACUUGUGUAUUUAACUGUUACACAUCAACCUGUUGUUAUGAGGUAGAUGGUAUUGAUCAUAGCAUCAUGUCCAGUGUAACAAUAGACACUUGUAAAUCAGAGAUGAAUCUAACAAUAGAGAGAAUUACACAGACAAUAUCACUACAAAAUUACAGCUUUGGUUCAGUAGGAAGAUUUUCUUUGUUAGGUGUGUUUAGGAUCGAGUAUACUAUCUACGACCUGGUAUCAGAACACAACUAUCUGAUUUUCAUGACCUUGAGUACAUGUUUUGAAUACAGUGGGAUCUGUAUGUUUAGAACAACCAUCUUUAAUGGAUUCAAACUUCCAAAGGAGAUCUGUACAACAGGAACAUCAAGACUUGAUACAUCAUUUGACUUUGAUACAUGGAUGGCAUCUAGAGAUUUUCCUAGCACCACCAUCCCUCUCCCUGAAUGGGCUGCAAUGCAGCUAGUAGAGGAACUGGGAGUGGCCAAGUUUGUAUCCACAACAGAGUGCUACAAUCUGAAAUCUCCAUUUAUUGAAGCAGAUGCAGUGAAUGGAUGGAAAAACGAUUGUGUCAAUGCAACCAACACUCAUGUCUUUGAUGCUGGAACAUCACGACUUGUCUGCAGUAUACCAGUAGGAUGUAAUGGAGCCAGGUGUUGUAUGGAUAUACCUAGAUUGAACAGAUCAUUGGAGGUGUCAAUGUUGAUAGAACCCUGCACCAACAAAUUGUUGCUGAAAAUCGACAAAAUGGAGAAUGACCUGCUGUUGUCGGAUGUGACCUUCGGUGUGCAUUACAAAUUCUCUCUUUAUGGCAUCAUCAACAUUGAAUAUACUAUUAGAGAAGUAGAUUUCGAGGAUCAGUACGAGGUCAAUAUGACCUUGACAGUGUGUUUUGAUUCUAUGACUUGUGAGAUUGAACAUCCUGUAUUCAUCAAUACAAUACUUAUAAAGGAAGUCUGUAAUUGGACAUCAGAAUUCAAAACUACAGAUUUUUCCUUGAGUUCAUGGUUGUCUGACAGAAAUUUAACCAUGACCUCUGACCUUAAUGACAUCAAUGCAGAUGAACUGUUACAAGAUUUGGGACUGACAGAUUUCAUGGGCAGUACCAGUUUAUGUGACCAUGGCAUUUCUCCUUAUAAUACUCUGUCAUAUGGAUGGAAUAAUGAAUGCACCACACCAGGGAUUGUUCUUUCAAAUAUCUCCCACCCAGCAGCCUGUCACGCCAAUUCUGAUUGUAACAGAUUUUCCUGCUGUAUUGAGGUUGGCAUUCUGAAGAGGUCAUUGUAUGCAGCAGUGUAUCUUAAUCCCUGCAGAUAUAACCUACAAGUACAACUGGAACAACUGACCAUCGAUGUAGACCUCUUUACAUAUACUUGGGGAGAAAGGAAACAAUACUUCUUGUAUGGUGUCUUUAGGUUAGAGUUUAUGAUCAACCAUGUAGCCACUGAGAGAGCCUAUGUAGUGGAUGUCAACAUCAAAGUUUGUUUUGAAGCUGGGUCUGGCAGCUCAUGUUACCAAGAGUUUACAGUACUAGAGGAUACCAGUAUACAGUAUCCAAAUUGUAGUACCAGUACUUUGGAGUCACUUCCCUUUGAUGGUCUUAGCCUUGACUUUUGGGAACCUGAAGUUUGUUAUUUCUUCAAUGGAACUGUUUUUCCAAGAAUAUUCAUCAUAGAAACAACCACAGUAGAAAUUUUUACAACAGGCAACAUGACAACAGAAGAAAUGACAACAACAGCCCAGACAACCACACCAGUGAUAACAACCACACCCGAGAUCACAACAACUCCAGUAAUCACAACAACCAUAACAACUGAGACAACAACUGUUGCUAUGACAACAAAUGAUGGCACAAAUUUUACAGUAGGAAAUAUGACCGAUUUUACUGAAGCAAACAUGACAUAUGUCACAGAGGCUAUUGAAACAACAACCUUGGAGCAGACAACUGUUAUUACAACAACUGAAGCCACAACAACACUCUUGACAACAACAGAAGCAACAACCACCAUCUUAACAACAACAGAGACUUUUGAUUAUUGUAUUAAACUAAACUUUACCGACCUUGGUGAGGACAGCUGUGAGAUGAAAUAUGACUGUACUGGUGUAGCUUGUUGUUUAGCUAUAGAUUAUCUCCCUGGAGUUAGAAACACAGAAAUCCGACUGGAAAUUGAUACAUGUGGUGUUAAUGACACUGUAGAAAUGACAUGGACUGUGGAACGGAAAACUGGAACAGAAACUAUUCAUGGCCUUGCUAUAGGAUCAACUAAACAGAUAGAUAUAGCCUCUGCCUUCCAAUUAAAUGUGACCUUUGAUGGGGAACAUUAUAAAUGGUUCUACGUCUCUGUAGCAUUGAGAGCAUGUGAAGUAUCUCCAUUCCCAGGGAUCUGUGAAACAUUCCAAGUCCUUCAAUCGUCAGCUAUAGCUAAAAAUUGUCAUGGAUUGCAUUUAUCAGCUAGAAGAAGGAAAAGGGAUACAAAAGAUGUAUCAUUUAGAAGUAGGACUCUGAUGUCUUUGGAUGAAAGUGAUAUCAACAAAGAUGGUACUAUAGAAAAGUUAAUAUUUGAAGAGGUUGUAAGAAGACAGAUAAGAAUAGCAAAGAGAUCCACAACAGAACCUGAUGUAACUAAUUUUAAAGAAGGCAUCAAAAUAUUAUUGGACAGAAAUGCUUCCAAUGAAGAAAUAGUUACAUAUGUUACCCAAGUCAGGAAUUAUGAGCUUCAAAAGAGACUGACUAAUUUACAGUCAGUUGACCUUGGAAAUGGCGACAGAACUACAGGUCAAAGAGCAGCUCUGAAAGCUUUAGGGUCAAGCAAUCCAUUUUCUCUGUAUACCAGUAGAGAAACUUUUGAUGGAAUGUUUAAUACCCCUGGAGAUGAAGCCAUAUUUCUAAUGAUAAAUGGCAGUGGAUUACCACAGAACCAACAAUCUUAUGUGAUUGGACAAGGUUUGUCAGUGAAUGGUACCAAGCUCCUAGCUGUCAAAUUGGCUAACCUGACAAUUACAGACCUCAGAAACCUCUUGGACAUGAAACGUUUAGAACUGAUGUCAGUGAAAGAACUACUAAUAGACAUCAGAGAUUUAACUAAAGCACUGUAUUUUGAUUUCUAUGAUGAACUCUCUAGUGAAGGAGACAAUGUAUUCACCUCCUUAGAUCUGACAUUGACUGGUACCCUGGACUUCCCAAGACAAGAUGUACAGGCCAUGGAGUAUACCAUAGACUUCCUGCUUGGAGGACUGGUUCCCAUGAAAUUUGAUUUUAACGUUGGAGGGUACUAUGGUAUGAAGUUUACUGUAGACGCCUCACUGUCAGGAAUGACUGCCAUUUCUGGUAUACAGCCAUUUGGUGGGGCUGUGGUGUCUGGGGAACUACAAGUAGGCUAUGCUAUGUCUGCUGUCCUGAAACUAGAGGGACAGAUCCUGGAACUGAAAUUUCCAACCGUUGCAGAGAUAGCUUAUAAUAAAUUCCCAUUGGAUGUUGGAGUUGAAAUGACAUUGAAAUUGACCCCUACAAGACUGAGUCUCAAUGGUGCUGUUACCCUAAAUGUUAACUUAUUGGUAGAGAGCUUUAAUAAAGAGUUGUACAGGAACCAGUUGUGGUAUUACUCGACUCCUACCAUUGAGAAGAAAGUUGUGAAUGAAAGGAGAAGAGAACCAGAUAAUACCCCUCCUGUCAUUUCAUCAUAUUUUGGUCAAAUGACAACAAAUCAAUGUCAUGUUAGACAAAUAGCCAAUAGAGACUACACCGAGCCUCUCUUUGAGAUAUCUGUACAUGCUGAGGAUGACAAAAGCUUGGUACAGUUAACAUUAGAUGUUGGUACUGCUCCUGGUGGUAAUGAUGUUCUGUCAGCAUUCAAACUAGGAGGACCAAGUACCAUAUUGAAUGAGCCACUGACAGUAACUGGUGUACCUCUUUACUUUACUGUAUGGGCAGAGAAUAGCUCAGGUCAAAAGUCAAAGGUCACAUGUUCACUACCAACAUAUGACAUAUCAGAACCUACUGGCAGGCUGACUGCUGACUUCAUAUUAACAAGUAACCCUGCUGUACUGAGAGCAUUUGUUGUCAUCACAGAAGAUUCUGCUUUGACCUUGACUCAGAUUGGUGUAGGUUAUGGAAAAGGUCUUUAUGGUGACCAAGUUGUGCCAUGGACUGAUGUUACAAUGGAAUCUACAGAGCUUUCUGUGUCUCCAGCUGUUGAUCCAGACAAUGUCAAAGUCCUUGAUAUAUUUACUGGACCAAGAAUAGGCAGACUUGUUGCACCAAUGUCCCAGCCUGGAAUGUAUAGAAGUACCUCAGGAGAUUGUGCCAGAGCUUGUGCAGACAUGUCCUCCUCAGAUUGUCCCAGCUUCAAUUUUGACCUCCUGCUAGGGAACUGUGAGUUACUGACAAGUGUGGAAGGAGGGCAAUAUUUCCUUGCAGCAUCAUCACUGUAUAGACACUACCAACGUCUGGGUGUUGGAAAUAUAGCAAACUUUGUCUACACAGAUUUGGACUUGCAGGACAAUGUUCUCUAUUAUUUUAACUUCCACAUGGUAAACAGUUUGGGAUAUGAGAGCUACAUUUCAUCUGAAGCAGUCAUGGUUGAUUUGACAUCACCUGAACCAGGAGAAGUUUACAACAUCAGCAGUGAUAGUACAGAAACAGUUCCGUGUUUGGAUUUGAUACCAAGUGACAGACCUGACUGGAAAGUUUGGUGUCUAGGUGUUAACAGUGGUGUCAAAAAUCACAGAAUUGUGGUUGAUGGACCAGGAUCGUUGACUGUAUUUAAUGGUUUGGUUUUUAUGAAUGAUUUGACCUACACAAGGGCUAAUCAGUAUAUAGCAGUGAAUUGGGUUGGAUUUUCUGACAAGGAAAGUGGAAUCCUGGGAUAUACUGUUGCUGUGGGAACUGCCGUCUGCCAGGAUGAUGUUUAUGGACAUCAUGAUCCACAGAGCCACUUAUUUGAUGCAUCACAAUGGAUAAAUAAUGCCCUGAUCAGUCCAGUGCUGUUAAGUGAUAACAACUAUUACAUAACAGUCAGGGCUUUGAAUAAUGUGACAUAUGGAGGACCGUUAGCGACAAGUGUAUGUCACAGCACCCCUUACACCAUUGACAAUUCACCACCAGUUAUUCACGAAAUCUUCAACAUCCAGUAUGACGAAGAAAACUAUACUAUUUCACUAGAGCAUAUCUCAAGUGAUCCUCAGUCAGGACUUGCCUAUGUAGAACUUUGUCUUGGUAGGAGUAAACAGGAUUGUUUAGAAAUGGAUUGGGUUAGAUUUGGCUACAGUACAAAAAUAAACCACACAAUACAAAUAUCUGAUGGUAUUCCUAUAUAUGUAAAAAUUAAAGUUGUAAGCACAGUUGACCUGAGAGCAAUAAAGAGUGCUGAUGACUACAUCAUAGUGGACAGAACUGCUCCAAUAGCUGGACAAGUUUAUGAUGGAUCAGUUCUUACUAUAGACCAAAGUUUUACUAAUGUUAAUGACGAGAUUUGUGUAAAUUGGAACAAUUUUGUGGACCUAGAAUCUGGUAUCAGUCACUACAUGAUAAGUGUGGGUACGGAGGCAGAUAAGUCCAUCACUGAUGUGGUUAAUCUGACACGAUAUGAAUCUACUAUUAACCAAGCCUGCAUUGACCUGGAACCAGACUCCUAUCUACAACAUGGACAGAUAUACUAUUCUACAGUCUGGGCAUUAAACAGUGCCAGCAAGCAGCAAAAUGUAUCAAAGACGUCCAAUGGCAUUUUGUAUGAUGCAACCCCACCUUUGACAGGGGAUGUAAUAGAUGGUACACAGAGUGGAUUUGUAGAUUUAGAAUACUCAUCUAGCUCAGCAAGAGUGGAGGGACAGUGGAAAGAUUUUUCUGAUCCAGAGUCAAAUAUCACACAGUAUGCUGUUCAAGUUUUAAGUGCUGGGGAUCUAACACAUGAUUAUGAGGUCAUCAAAGACUGGGUACAGUACCCUAGUGAUACUGCAAGUGUGUCAUGGCUCAACCUUGACCUUGAACACAAGGAUAGAGUGAAGGUCAGUGUCAAGGCAACCAAUGGAGCACAGAGUACUGUCACAGCACAGAGUGAUGGGUUUGUGGUAGAUCUUACUCCUCCAGAACUUCUGUACAUUGGUGAUGGAACUGUAGCACAGAAAGAUGUCAAGUAUCAGGGAAGUACAACAGAAGUGUCAGCUAAUUUUAUGUUUUCUGACCCAGAGUCAGAACUUGAUCGUUUCCAGAUACAAAUCUAUGAGAAAUAUCAGAAAACAAGGAGACAGAUUGUACCAGGAACUGUUGGGGAAUGGCUUGAUAUUAUGGACAGCUCGAAAACUGAUUACACCCAUAAUGCUUUGACCCUUAACCCUGGAGGAAGGUACAGUAUGAAGAUUGGAGCAGUGAACAAAGCAGGGGCAAUAACUGCGUUUGAGACAGAUGGUGUUAUUAUUGAUAAUUCAGCACCUACAAUCCAGUCGUUAAAAGUUGGUCCGUUAACAGCUGGACACGAGGUUGUUAUGAGUGGAUUUGUUAAACAAGCAGACACACAGGGUAUCCAGGCUGCAUGGAGAGGAGUGGAUUCUCAGUCUGGUAUCUUAAGGUACCAGGUAGCAGUUGGAAUAACUUCAGGUGGCACAGAGACACUGGAAUGGACAGAUUACGGUAUGGACACUAGAGCAUACAUUGAUGGUUUGACCUUGACUGAUGUAUAUUAUGUCAGUGUCAAGGUUCAGAAUGGAGCAGAAAUGUGGAGUAAUGUUGUCACAUCUACACCAAUCCAAAUUAUUGGAGGAAAUAAAAAAGGUGUGAUUAUUGAUGGAGCAGACGGCACUGAGAAAGGAAUCAUGGGAAAUGACAUUGAUGUCACAUUGGAUGUUACCACAGUUACAGUACAGUUUGAAGGAUUCACUAGUGAUGACCAAGGCAUUGUGGGAUAUGAGUGGGCUGUGGGAACAACUCAAGGAGGAGAGGAAUUACAGGGAUUUACAAAACAAGGAAUUGUAAUGAAAGAGGAAACAUCUAUUGCUGGAAAUGGUAUUGGAAGUUCAGGCACUGCUCAGAAUAUUUUGUCAUUGCAACCUGGAAUGACAUACUACACCACUGUCAGAGCUAUCACUAAUGAUGGCAGUGUCAUCCAGGCAGAGUCCGAUGGGGUUUUGGUAGAUAGAACACCACCAACCAUUUCAUUUGAGAGUUUGAGUGGACAUGCUGCUUCAGAUGCCACCAUUACAGAAGGAGGAACACAGUACCAGACGACAUCCACCAUAUAUGGGCAAUGGUCCUUCAAUGACACAGAAACUGUCAUAGAGAGAGCAUGGCUAUCUGUUGGUACUUUCCCUGGAGCAGACGACAUCAGUCCAAGGUCAGAGGUCAAUGUAUCAGCCCUUGAUGAGGGUAAUCUGGCCCUUGGUGCUAUCACACCUCAAACCAAUGGAACACCGAACAUCCUAAAUUUAUGGGUACAAAAUUCAGUUGGACUAGUGUCUUCUGCGUCGUCUGCUGCUGUUGUCAUAGAUACCACACCACCAGAUGUAGGAACUGUCACUUGUCCAACUUUUGUUUCUGCUUAUGGUCAGGUCAAGUGUACUUGGACAGGUUUUGUGGAUAAACAGAGUGGAAUUGUUAAGUUUGUUGUUACCAUGGGAACAUCAGAAGGAUCACAUGACAUGUUCAGUGGACAGGAAUUAGAUGGAGUGGCAGAGACCUUCAACUUCAACAAUGUCAGUCAAUUUAUGGUUCAAGAUCAGCCAUACUUCGUUACAGUGACAGCUGUCAAUUAUGUUGCAAUGGAAACCUACAGUUUCUCUGAUCCAAUCAGAAUAGACACCACACCUCCAUCCUAUGGCAAGGUCAUUGACCUUUACACAACCUACAGAGUGGAUGCAGCAAAUGCCACAAAGACUGUACAGAUGAAUACCAAAAUAUGUAACUCUGAUAAUGAUUGUGAUGCUUUAGAUGCAAUAUGUACAGAGACAUUCUCUACAGUGUCAGUCACAUGGCAGCCAUUUACAGAUCAGGAGUCUGGCAUAGCUGGGUACGAGAUGGCUGUAGGAAUAACACCAGGUGGCGCACAGAUUCAAGCUUUUACUGCUGUACCUACUGGAGCUUUGUAUCAUACCAUUGGGGGACUAAGUAUGUCUGGUAACACAAUUAUCUAUGUUUCCAUAAAAGGUAUCAAUGGAGCUGGACUGUCAAGUAUAGCAUCAUCCAAUGGUGUUUACUUGUCAUAUGUAAGCCAAGGAUUGUCUCCCCUUGAAUCUAUUGGUGUCAUGGAUACACUCGAGGAAGGUUCAGCAGUUGAUGUUCAACUACAAGACAGUACAAACACCUACAGAGCCAAGUGGGAUGUGUCAGGAGAUCCUUGUCCAGCUGUCAAUUAUAAGUGGAAAGUUCAGCGAUUGGAUGGCUUGGUAGUAGCUGAUUGGAAAGAUAUGGAUUUAUUAACAGAAGGAAUGGUUGAUGGUCUAUCCUUACUCAAUGGAGAGUUAUAUUACUCGCUGGUCAAGGUCACAACAGCUAUUGGAUACUCUUACAUCCUGAGGUCAGAUGGAGUGACCAUACAACAGAAUGCUUUACUUCCUGGUCGAGUGUUUGAUGGAGAUAUGACCGGAUAUGAUUUGAACGUCCUGUCGUCCCAGUCUAUUGUGUUUGCUAACUGGGACGGGUUUGGUUUACCUAGUGACACUAUAGCACAAGUAGACAUCUUAACUGGAAAAGCAGGCAUUCAAAUAAAUCAAGCAGAUCUUGAAGCACAGCCGUUAGACCAGAAAAUUGUGAAAUAUGAGGUUGCCUUAGGAACAGACAGAAGGUUUGCCAAGACAAGAGAUGACACAGUUCCAUUUACUGAUGUAGGACUCAAUAAGUCUGUUAUAUUUUUUGACCUUAACUUGACCCCUGGAGCCGGAAGAUAUUAUUUUUCAGUGAGAGCCUACAGUUCCUCUUACUCCAUGGUAGAAGUGUCGUCAAAUGGAUUCUAUGUUGGAUUUGAUGGAGGUGUAACAGCUGGAACAAUAAACAUGGAAUUGAUCCUGAGCGUUGGGACUUAUGUAGAUGUACAAUUCAGUGGAUUUGAAUCUAAAAUAGAAAUUUUGAUGUAUUAUGUGGCAAUGUCGAACAAUACAGACGCCAAAGGAACUAGCUGCACUCAUUAUGUUGAUGGAGGAGAUACAACUAAUGAAGAAAAGAUGAAGAUGUUUACAGAAUAUAAUCUGACCAACAUCAAAACUGACACCUACAUUAAAAUGGAAAACUUAAACCUUACUGCAGGAAAGACAUAUUAUGUCUUUGUUAUGGGUGUAGACCGGUCUGGAGAAUGUAACAUGACCUACCAUGAAUUCACAAUAGACAACAGUCCUCCAUUGAUUGGUAGAAUGAAGACUGGUCCUUAUUUUGAUAUGCCUAUUAGCUACACCUCUGACAGUUCAUCAUUAUAUGUAUACUGGGAGAACUACACAGACACAGAGUCUCACAUUAAAUCGUACCAAGUGUCAUUGUGGAGGAAUAGUUCAUGUAACAUUGGAUCCACACAGGAAGUGGAAGUGGAUUGGAUCAGUUUAGACAGUAAUUUUACAGACUAUACAUUUGUUGACCUGGCAUUACAGAAUGACAUGCCAUACAGAGUAAAGCUACGAGUAACAAACAAAGCAGGACAUUUCGUUGAAGACCAGUCUAAUCCUGUCUUUUAUGAUGGUAGUGAACCAACCGCUGGCAGAGUCGUAGCUGGACUGGAUUAUAAAAAUGAUCAAGUCUGGUUUAGCUCAUCAUUACAUGUGUCUGGUAUUUUCUUGCACAUGGCCUCUCCUACAGUUGUCACAUGUCCUAGUAAUCCAGUCUCAUUGGUCAGUGGUACAAACUGGAGAACAGUGGUGCAGACUGGCAUGGAUGAUCCUAGUGGGGAGAAGUGGAACUUGGAAUACAGGGCUCAAAAUGUGGGAAACCAUACAAAAGAGGAUGAGAUCUGGAUAAAACUUGCUAGGGAUGUCAAAAAGGAGCAGUUAUUUACUGGAGGAUAUUAUAGACCAGCUGAUUUCAAUGAAGGUGGCGAAUAUCAGGUAUCCAUCCAAGCAGCCAGUGGUGAUGGCCAGGCUGUUACAGAAGUUAUGUUAUGGGAGGGACCAGUAGAUGGUAUAGCUACCUACAAUCAUUACAGGGAAUCAGACUGGACACAGGAAGUCUGCAGCUGUUGUUUUAUCACUCCUAUAUCAGAGAACUGCACUGCAUGUAAUUGUACCAAAUAUUUAUCUGAUAAGUUUGGUAAUGACAAUGUGACAGCGCCACCUACUGUGUCUACCACUUCCAUGAUAAUGACAACAACACAACCAUAUGAAAUAGUUCAGACUGUACAUACCAACAUAGAAGUCAACGUAUACAAUAUCACAAACACAGUCAACACAACUGUUACUGUACAGGAACCAGUAGAUACCAGUACAUCACCUGCUCGUCCAUCAUGUGGUAUACAGAUUGUUGCAGGUACAAGUCCAUAUUUAGUGUCCUGGUGUAGAUUGUAUAAUGAUUCUUUGACUCCUCUUUCCACUGAUGAUGACCUAGAUUUUGACCCGUCAGCUGGUUUCCAUGACUACAAAAUGGUAGUUGAUUAUGAGAAAUAUGACCAGAUUGAGAAAACUUGGUGUUUAAAGGUAUAUGUAGAUGGAUCUAUGUUCAGUAAGAUAUGUGGUAUCCCUGAAUUCAGUACUGACACCAAACUAUUAUUUCAUGUCUUCAAUAAGAACAAUUAUGUGCCACCAAUCACAGAUUUGUUUGAUGUGUUCUCCAUUAAAGCCAGCUUCAGAAAUGUGAUAAUGCCUCCAUCUUCUAAUUCUAUGUGUAGAUAUGGGGGACCAUUUUAUGGAGGUGUAAUACCCAUUGACAGAUAUGAAGCUGGUAUUGGAACUGAUGAGUUAAUGACUGAUGUAGUACCUUAUCAGGAAGUACUGGACCCCUGUAUACCAUGCUAUAGCCCCUGUGCUCCAUACACUUGUCAAACCACAUGUAAUCCAACAGAACAGAAACUGUUAAACUUCACAUUGACAGAUCUCAGCCUGCCUGCUAAGAGAGAAGAGAAUACCACAGGACAGCCGGUUAACACGUCUAUUUCUUACUUUUUAACAGUAAAAGCGGUCUUAAGUUCAGGAAGUUCAGCUGAAGCAUCCUCAUCUGUGUUUUACAUUGAUUAUACCUUACCAUGGUUUGAUCUUGAACAGAUGACCCCAAUGUAUAUCGACAUCAAUCAAGGGGAACUAACUCCUGUCAGCUUCCAGUCAUCAAACAGUACAAUCAAAGCAUUUUGGAGAUGUGUUGAUGAAGAAAGUCAAAUUGUGGAAAAUUGGUGGGCUAUAGGUACAUCAGUAGGUGGUGAAGAUUUACAGCCCUGGACAUCAGUCGGAGAGAAUCAGAUUGCCAGUAAUAACAGCUUUGAAGGAGUUCUACAGAACAACAAAACCUAUUAUGUGUCAGUACGGUGUAAGAAUGGUGCAGGACUUGAAGCUUCACACACUGAUGUGACAGGAGUGAGAGUUUUAUUAGACCCACCAUCAGUGGAUGGAGUCCAUGUAACCAUUCCUGAUUCUGAUGGUUUGAAUAUUUAUCCAACUGGUGCCAGGAAUACUACUCUUGAUUCUUCAAUAGGAAUGACCUUCACAGUGGGAACAGAUCAGUCUAUUUAUAGAUAUGACUGGUGCUUGGGAUCAGAUGAACUCAAAGAUGAUAUUUUUCCAUGCACAUGGAUUGGCCAUAAUGCAUCUGGGACCAUCAAAAUACAAAAUGGCUGGUUGACAUUAAAUACGGAAGAUGUCAGAAGACUGUCAGAGUUUAAUCCUGUACAAGAUAGUUCUCUGUCAGAAACAGAAAGACUAAGUGAUGAUAACAAUGUUUUUAAAAUGGAGCCAGGAAGAACAAUCUUUAUGUUGCUGCAAGUGUGUAAUGAGGCAGUGCUAUGUACACCACUGCAAAUAGCAACAGUCCUUAUAGUGAAUGACAAAUCUGAAUUAUAUGUAUUUGAUCCUCUGGAUUCACAUACUAUUAAAGUUACUAUCGAAACUGAUACUGAUCGUAGAAGGAGAAAGAGACAUGCAAUACAUACUGAAAUUGAAAUUGAAACUCCUAAUGUACUUUUUACUGGACAAAGUUUGUUAUUACAACCAAUGGACAACACAACACUAACAGCUAACUAUUUGUCAUCUGCCUCGGACAGUUUUCUACCAUACAUCGUCAACCCAUACAACACUACAGAUAAACUGGAAAGGCUUCUACAUGGAAGAUGGAAUAAAAGUGAAUUCGUUUUUGGUCUCUCAUCAGUUGGACAUAUUCCUUACUCAGGACCCAUUACUAUGAAGUAUGAUGACACAGAAGAUGGUAAAAACAGCGGAAUGAAAAUAAUCAUCACACAUUGGAAUCCAAGAAAUCAACAAUGGGAGAUAACUAGCAGAUCUUGUUUAGGAGUAGAUGGUGUAACAGAUCUAGAAGUACAGAACCCUACUCAUUCCAGUACAUAUACAAUUAAGGUGUGUAAUACUUGGUCCUCGUCAGAAGGACAGAUCAGUGAUUACUUUAUGUAUGAGACGCUAUUCUCCAGGACAUUGGUUUUAAUUGACUUGGUCAAUACACCACCAGAACUUGAUGGACCUACAAAUAUUACAUUUUCUGAAGAUGAAGGUACCUUGCAGUAUCCUCUGAAGGUUACAGAUCAGGAAGGAGACCAAGUUCUGUUUUAUCUGGAUCCAUCUGCAACGUAUGAUAUGGGGACUCCAACCUUAUCUGUGGAAGGAAUGCUGCUGUACACACCAUGUGAAGAUUGUACAGGGUUAGAGAUUAUUCCUGUUGUUUUACUAGAAAAUCAAACUGGGACAGAUAUUACACCACUAAAUGCCACUGUAUAUCUUUGGAUCAAUGUUACAGCACUAUUUGAUCCACCAGUAAUAUUUCUUACUCAGUACGGAGAAUCUUUGUUAGCUGCCGACCCAACAGAACCCAUUAUUAUAUACUUGGAAGAAAAGACACAAGUAAAUGAAGAUAACUGGUCCCCUGCUUGGAUAGCAGUUCUAGGAGCCUAUGAUGUGGAGAUUGAGGACACUCUGAUGCUUAUUACCCAGAAUGCAUCAAAUGGUAUUUUGAAUAUCACAGAGGAAUCAAAUACUGUUCCAAACAUCACGACUUGUCCUCCCAUAGGGAACAGAGAGCAAACAAUAUUUCCAUGUGGCACUUUAGGCCUAAACAAGGAACCAGAAAAGGCAGCUUGGUUAUACAUGGAGAUUUUCUAUGACCAGUUGUACAAUGAAUCUGGUAUAGAUGAGAUAAAGAUUUACAUCCAGGAUGAUAAUAACAUCACAUCAGAUGUAAUCUUCUUACAGUUUGUUAUACUCAUGUCACCUUGUUACAGUAAUGGAGAUUGUCAACCCAAGACUGGCAGUCCUUACCCUUGCCAAGAUGUCCAACGAGCCACUAAUUUCACACAGUACUACUACUGCCUGUGUGAGCCAGGUUGGGAAGGAGAAUUCUGUGAGAUCAAUAUUGACGAGUGUGCCACCAAUCCCUGUGACAGUCCGUAUGUCUGUACCGAUGGCAUCAAUUCUUACACAUGUGCAUGUCAUGUUAGUGAUCCAGACUGUGACGCCCUGCCCCCAUGGGUCUUUGCUUUGAUAGCUAUUGGGGCACUGAUUUUAAUCCUCAUUAUUCUUGGCCUGUUGUACAGAUGGAAAGUCAAGAAAAGUGGCCAUUUCAAGUGGGUUUUGAAGUACAUCCUUUGCCAAGAGGAACCACAAAAGUAUGAUUAUGAAGGUGAAGAAGAUGCAAGGUCUAUUUCUACUGUUACCUCCAUCAUGUCCCAGGAGUUUAUUAACCUCAAAUAUGAUCAAAAUUUAUCAGACUAUGAAGAUAGUGAGAGGGAUUUUGAGGGAAUGUUUUCACCACCUCCACCAUACAGGCCAAUGAAUGACAUGGAAAGGAUGAAUUUUGUCAAGGAUAUAAGAGUAGAGUUUGACACAGAUCCAUUUUCCAACAGAAUGGAAUGGGAACAGUGCUUCCCACCAAAGUCAGAAUGGGUAACUUACCAGCGACAUCAAAAAUCCGACUUUAACCCGUUGAUCAUGUCAGAAAAUUCUAAAUUUACAACUCCAACACCAGUACCUGAUGAAGAAUCAAUUCCUCAGAAGGAAGGAGCAGAAUAUGUUUCACUUGAUCGACAUAAAAAGUCAACGUUUAACGCACUGAUGGGAAAAAGUAUGGAGGACAUUGCAAGUGGUAGAACAACUCCUCCCACACAGAUGUCACUCAUGAAGUCGGAUAAAUCUCCAUUACAAAAUGGUGAUGUUGUCGUACCUACUGUAAAGAUUGCCCCUGCACCAGAAACUGUUGUGGAAGUCUUACCACAAACUGAAGGACCUAGAUUUAAUUUGCCUAAAAUAUUGAAGUUACCUGAACCAACUCCUAUCCAUAUGACAUGGAGGGCUCAGACUGAGAUUCAUGAAGACAGACCAAGUACAUCUGGACUGUCAUCAUCAAGCGGUGGCCAUGAAGACUCUGAUGCUAUGCCAAGUUCAUCUGGAGAGCAUUUCGACAAGAUUCCUCCAAGACCAAUGUCUAGAAACGUGGCAAGAUGGGCGCCCUCUGCAGUCACACAUAAAUCACAGGCUUCAAAACACACUCAGGAAGACAGUACAGAUGAUGAUGAAUUUGCGGCGCUAGAAUCUAGAACUGGAAGGCCAAAGUCCAGAUAUCGUAUCCGUGAAGCUAAGCCUGAUGAAAACAAAUAUAAAGGAAGUUAUAGUAACUAUCCAGAUUCUCAUGCACCUAUGUUGUAAACUUUUUUCUAAUUUCUGAAAGAAGAAAAAUUUGUUGGUACUCUUUUUUGGAUUUUUUUAUUGAAUUAUUGUUUAAUUGAUUUUGUUUUACAUUUUUAUAUUUUUAUUAUAGUUUUUUUUUUCAUUUAUUUAUUUUUUUAAGCUUUUAUGAAGUUUUGAAUGUUUGUUUAUGUUAUUGUAGUUUGUUAUAAAUUGUGACUGAAAUAUGCCAUAGUAAAAAUCAUAGAUUAGCCUCCCUUCCCUCAAAAAAUUAUAAAACUUACUUUUCUGACUUGUUGUUAUAAAAAAAUUUGUAGGUUUAAAUUUAAAUCCAAAAUGAGCCUUUUUAAUUGUUUAUUUGUGGACAACGGUACAAAUAAAUAACAAUCUUAGAGGUCUUUUUUUUGUUCUUGCUUAAUUGUAGUGAAGUGCUUGAUUAUACCAAAUACCAAGUUAGUCCCAACAAGUCUGCAUAAAACUUUUGCCAUUUCUAACUAAACCAGUUUCUACCAUUCGUUAACUAGUUCUUGACCAUUCUCACCUUUAAAUAGACUUGACAUGUUCUUCAUUCUUAAAAUUCAUUUGACUGGUAGCAAAAUGUCAAGAAACAGCUCUAGAAAAGUUCUAGUCCCCAUUUUAUAAAUUGAUCAUGUUUAAACAAUUAUUACCGGUAAGAGAAGAUAUUUGUAUAUUUUUAAGAUGGUCAAAUGGUGAAAAUUUUAUUGGAAUAAUAAAGAGUUGUAUUUUCAGACUGUGAUAUUUUUAUGCAUGUGAUAUUAAUCUGUUUUGUUUAUAAUGUUAUUUUUAUUUAUGUGAUAUUAAUCUGUUAUGUUUAUUGUUUUUGUUUACUAAUAAAUAAUUUUAUUGCCUGA